GGAAAAGACAGCCUUUGCGAUGGUACUUAUUCUGAGUGACGCCCUCGGGGAAACAGCUCCUGACCCUGGCGACGGGACGAGGGCCCCGUGUUCAUGACAUCACUUCCGGGGUGGCAAGUUCAGGCUUUCCUGCGCCUGGUAAAGGGCAUUCAAUCGGCUUUGCACGGGAAGGAGAUGAGUACUAGCUACUAACGUUGACGAGUAAGGAAUUACCCGUACAGUAAAUAUGCUAAUAUUGAAUAAGACAGCAGGAGUCUUUUUUAAACCAUCAAGAAGGAAAAUUUAUGAAUUUUUAGGAGGUUUUCAUUUUCAUACUGGAAAACUAUUUCUUCAUAAACUAGUAUUGGGAAUUGAAACCAGUUGUGAUGAUACAGCAGCUGCUGUAGUGGAUGAAGCUGGAAAUGUUUUGGGAGAAGCAAUACAUUCCCAAACUGAAGUUCAUUUAAAAACAGGUGGGAUUAUUCCUCCAGUAGCUCAACAGCUUCAUAGAGAAAAUAUUCAACGCAUAGUACAAGAAGCUCUCUCUGCCAGUGACGUCUCUCCAAGUGAACUCUCAGCAAUUGCAACUACCGUAAAGCCAGGACUUGCUUUAAGCUUGGGCGUAGGUUUAUCAUUUAGCUUACAACUGGUAGACCAGUUUAAAAAGCCCUUCAUUCCCAUUCAUCACAUGGAGGCUCAUGCACUUACUAUUAGGUUAACAAAUAAGGUAGAAUUUCCAUUUUUAGUUCUUUUGAUUUCUGGAGGUCAUUGUCUUUUGGCAUUAGUUAGAGGAGUUUCAGAUUUUCUUCUUCUUGGAAAGUCUUUGGACAUAGCACCAGGCGACAUGCUUGACAAGGUAGCAAGAAGACUUUGCUUAAUAAAACAUCCAGAGUGCUCCACCAUGAGUGGCGGGAAGGCUAUAGAACAUUUGGCCAAACAGGGAAAUAGAUUGCAUUUUGAUUUCCAACCUCCCAUGCAACGUGCUAAAAAUUGUGAUUUUUCUUUUUCUGGACUUCAACAUGUUAUUGAUAAGAUGAUAAUGCAAAAGGAAAAAGAGGAAGGUAUUGAGCAGGGGCAGAUCCUGUCUUCAGCUGCAGACAUUGCUGCUGCAGUCCAGCACACCGUAGCCUGCCACGUUGCAAAAAGAACACAUCGCGCUAUUCUGUUCUGCAAGCAGAGAGGCUUGUUACAUCAAAGUAACGCAGUACUGGUUGUAUCUGGAGGCGUCGCAAGUAACUUAUAUAUCCGAAAAGCUCUGGAAAUUGUGACAAACGCAACACAGUGCACUUUGCUGUGUCCUCCCCCCAGACUCUGCACUGACAACGGUGUUAUGAUUGCGUGGAAUGGUGUUGAAAGACUACGUGCUGGCUUGGGCAUUUUACACAACACAGAAGGCAUCCGCUACGAACCAAAGUACGUGGUACCAUUCAUAAUCUCUGUGCAGCUGUACCAUAAAAAUCAAAGCCUGAAUUUUGCUUUUACAGUUAAGGUUUUCAUUGACAUUCUAGUGGUACUUGAAGAAAGAUUAUAUUAAUUUUUUUUCUUCUAACCUAGGUGGUAGAUAACUUACAGGAAAUAUUUUUGUUAUAGCAAGAAAUUAAACAAAUGUUGGCCAAUUAUAGGUUAGAAACACGGAGUAGGUAAGGAUGAUGAAUGCUUUCGUUUGGGACCAGAAUGGAAACCAUGUCCGUGACCUGGACUUCUGCAGCGUCAGGACCAUCUCAGCACCAAUUGCCAUGCUGAAAAUAACAGAAACAUGCAAAAAGUAUUCAGGUGUGAGACGGGGUUGUGAGUAUACAUCUCCACAGGAUGCUGAGAAAGUGCCAAAAGAUGGUUUAUUUUCUGCAGUCCUUGGAUUUCCCGUCCCAAAUUGAAGUUCCUCGGAGUAGCACAGUUUUUCAAUUUGUUAUCAAGUUCUGGUCUAAGUUAAUUCUGGAAUAGUAAAAAUAGUAAAGCAUGAUUAUAUUUCAUAAUCUAACGUAAUUCUGUUUUAGUAUUGUUUCAUCUGCCGUUUUAAAACUUGUCAGCAUGUUAGUAUGUAACUGUCAGCCACGUGAACCGUAGACUAUUAAAGCUGAUCAUAAAUGGACAGAUUUUAGUUAGUAGUGACAAAAAGAAUCCCUUUAGUUGAUGGCCUAGCCUCAGGUGGAAUUCACCAUCUGACCCAACACAGCCUUCUUGUGGCAGUGUUGAGGCUGGAGAUGAUGGCUUUUAGGUUGGGGUCCAACUGAAGUCUAGCAUAUGCUAAACACGUAAAAAAAGCAGAAAUCUGAGGCCAAAGUUAUUUACUAAGGAAGAACAGAGGAAGAGGGUAGGAUCUAAAGCCUCUCCUGCCGCCAGUGACAAAGGAACAUAGAACGGAACGAGCCUGCUUUUGAAACCUCAGAGGAGAGCUGGUGGAAACCUGGUGAAUUUCUGAAGUAGGAAUGGAUAGUUUAGCUGUAUGGUAAACUUUUUAGCCUUUUAGCUUUGUAGAGCAUAGAGCAUUUUUUGUAAUUUUUUUGUUUCAGCUUUUAAGUUAUUUACAGUAUUUGAGAGCAGUAGAACUCUUUCAAAAACAUCUCAACCCCAAACUCACUAAAUUGUGUAUAUUAAAUAUGUAUAGUUUUUAACAUGUCAAUUAUACCUCAAAGAGAUUUAUUUGUGCAUUUUUCUUCUUUUAGAAUAAUGAAAGAGGUUUUAAAAUACUGCCAAAUUUAGGUUUCCAGUCUUCCUUUACGUGUUUUGCUAGUUUGAGGUUCCACUCUAUAUGUAUUCAAGAACCACCAUCACAUAUGAUAGUUACACACUAGAUGCAUAUAUUUUUUGUCAGAAUUCUAAACAAAUAGUUUGCAGAAGUAGUAACAGAUCAGUUAGCAAGUAUUUGAAAUAAUGUGAUUUGUCUGGUUUUGAUGCAGAUGUCCUCUUGGAGUAGAUAUAUCAAAAGAAGUUGGAGAAGCUGCUAUAAAAGUGCCACGAUUAAAAAUGAAGAUUUGAUUUUUGCUUAAAAAAUCCCUAAAGGUUUUUAUUUUUUUGUAUAUAAAAUAUAUAAUAUUCAUUGUUCAUCAAGACUUUCUUGUUAUUACUUUUCUUAUGUUUGAUGUUUAACCUGCUCUUCUGAGAGACAACAGUAAUAGUCUUACAAGAGAGUAUAGCGGUUUGGUUUUUCUAUUAUCAAAAACCAAAAUAAAACAUCUUGUGAGGAAAAUAAUACACUGAUAUUGGCAGGUGAAAAGAAAAAUCUUGGGAAAAAUUGUAGCAGUUCUGCUAACUCAUGGCCCCAUGUUAACACAGGCAUAGAUCUUUUCCCAUCUCUCUCAUAUCAGAAUAGUAUAAGUUCCUAUGGAAACAUUACACUGACUUUUCUAGUGAGACAGCAAUGUUUGAAAGGCGAUGGCACCCCACUCCAGUACUCUUGCCUGGAAAAUCUCAUGGGCGGAGGAGGCUGGUAGGC